AUGAAGGGUAAUUAUGCUACUGUACUUCGCAUAACCAGAUUUAGUGCCACCUUUGAUAAAUCUGGACUUUGUUGUGAAUUCGCAUUGAAUGCAAGUCAACUUGUAUCAAAAAAUUUAGACUUUUUUGAAAUUAUGUGGGAUCAUUGUUCUACUAUACUUCCAACACCAGAAGCAGUAGUAGCAACACCAACACCAGCGGUGUCUGCAAAUAAAAAAUUAACUUCUGCAAACGGCAUGUUAUUAUUGAAUGUAAAUUCACCUUGGGCAGGUUCUGCAAAUAUGUGCUACAUUUGCAGAUACCUUGGACACUUGGCACAGGAAUGUCCAAAUAUAAGAGAUAAUAAUAACAUUGGUCCUAAAAUCAACCCUUUUAAAAAGAAUUUUAAAUAUCCUUAA